GAGUCCAACUUUUGUGUAGCGAUGGAGUCGUAACAGCAGAUCCCGAAGCCAAAUAGGGCCAGAGAAAGGAGAGUUAUAUAUCUGGAUUUUAUCUCACAAACAUUUACCAACAACCAGUGUGGAAUGAAAUACGAUAUUUCAGAUGCGAUGGAGGUAAAAUGGACUUGGAAUGGUAAUUCAUUUCGGUAGGAAAUCUCGGCUUUUGUCCUUCCUGUCAGUGCUGUUUUCGCUCCGCAAGCCACUCUGAUGAAUGUGUGUGCAUGUUGUGUGUGGACUGAGCUGUGUCUUUGCGGUUGAUAAGCCCAUCAGCUGUUUCUGACGAAUGAACAACAUGGCGAAAGGACAGCUAAAUGUAAAUCACUGCUGCCCAGAGACGGGUCACCUCCCGUCUCGGUUUUACUCCAAGAGAAGUGAAGAAAACAUGGAUAUGAUUUUCACCCUGGCAGAAAAUGUGAGAUGUAUGCAGCGAGGGAGAGAGGAUAACUCUCUUUCGAGGGAAAGAAACGGACCCAGCCGAUCAACAGAAAUGUGGAAAAGUGGUCGGUUACGGGAUGGCAGCUCGUCAAGAAAUAAAGAACUGCAAAGGGACUUGAAAGAAAGCAAUUUGCCAGGAUGUAUCAAGAGGAAUAUGUCACAGACAGUCCACCAAUUAUUUCCAUCCAUGUCGUAUUGGAAGACAUUUUUAUUUGCUGUUUUAUUGUGUGUGUUUUUGAAGAGCCAGAUGUGUUCUGCAAAGUGUUAUGGACUUGGCCCGACUGGCCGUGCCAUAUUGACUGACCUGCAGGGGUUUAUUUCGGACCAUCCAAAUGAGAGUUAUCCCAUUUCAACGGAGUGUGAGUGGUUAAUACAAGCACCAAACUCAGAUAUGAAGAUCAUGUUGACAUUCUCCAAAUUUGCCACGGAAUGUGGCUAUGACUUUGUCAGCGUUUAUGAUGGUAACUCUCACCAAAGUCCGAUGAUUGCUGCCCUCAGCGGUGACUCUAUUCCGUCCACAUUGAUGGCUGAAUCUGGCCAGAUGCUGAUAUAUAUGUACAGUGAUCGUAACUAUAAUCUACUCGGAUUCGAUGCGACGUAUACCAUCGAAGACUGCCCCCAUGGAUGUUCAGGCCAUGGGACCUGUGUCGACUAUUCCUGUGUGUGUUAUUCUGGCUACCAUGGAGACAGCUGUGAGAGACUCAAUUGCCCGUACGAGUGCGGCUCAGAAUGGAAUCAAGGAAGUUGCCAACAAUCGGGUAUACAGCAGUGUGCGUGCUCACCAGGCUUUGUCGGGGAGGGGUGCAGCCUUUCAACAAACAGCAACUUAGGGUGGGGUGAGACCUUCCUCAUCUCUAGCGGUGACAGUGGAGGACUAAGCAAGAGGGCGGGGCAUGCGUCCGUUUAUCAUGAGGACACCGAUAGCCUCUGGACUUUUGGAGGUAUUGUUUUCAUUUGACUCUAUUGGGAAAAUGUUAAAUAUUCAAUUCAAUUCAAUUCAAUUCAAUCAUGGUUUAUUUCGUAUAAAAACAAUACAUGUUUAUACAAAGCCAGAAGGCUGAAAUUAACAUGUUUUACAAUAAAACGUUCACAAAGCAUGGAUAAAAGCAAACAAUUUACAAUGUACAUAGAAAAUAAAUAAAUUUUAAAGAGCAAGUGUACAUAAGAAAUCAUUAAAAAUAAUAAAAUAAAAUAAAAAAAGAAAUACAAUUUUAAAAAGUGAUGAAUAUUAGACAAUUAAAAAUUCAAAUAUCAAUUGGAUUGAAAUGGAGACUAAAACAAUGGCAAUAAUUUGAGUUGAUUUCAAGGGUAUGAAAAUAAAAAUUUAUUUAGAAUUUAGUAAAUCAAUGAAAUAUGGUAUUGCACUUAUUCUAAAGCGAUCUGUUUUGCAUUUUAACUGAGCAAAGUUUGGAACACUCCUUAAUGAGAUUGAGACAUUUUUCCUUUUUGGUAGCCAGUUAUUACAGUAAGGGUUUUUAAAAAGAGAUUUAGCAAACUCCAAACAGUCUUUUUCGUCUUCUUUCAAGACAGUCUAAUCCACAUUUUGUUAAUGCAUUUUCAUAAUCUAUAAAAUCUAAGCCAAGAAUUAUUUUGCAAACCCUUUUUUGUAUUUUUUCUAAGUCCUUAACCUGUUUAGCAGUUAGUGCUCCAUUGAAAACCGGUACACAAUACUCCAAAAUUGGACGAAUAUAUCCAAUGUAAAUUUGAACAAGGUCUGACAUAGGGAGUUUAUAUUGUUUGACAAGUCUGAACAUAUACAAUUUUCUGUUACACCUUUUUAUAAUAUCUGAAAUUUGUUUAUCCCAUUUUAAGUUUGACUGAAUAUAAACACCAAGUAUUUUAACAGUUUCUGAAUAUUGCAGAGAAGUGUCACCAAUAUGCAAUAGAUUAGGUAAUGGUGGAUUUUUUGAGAAAGUAACUCUGAUUACAUUGCAUUUAUUCGGAUUUAGUUUCAUAUGAUUAUCAGAUGACCAGGUAACGAGUGCAUUUAGAUGACAUUGUAAUACAGAAGGAGUUUGUAUUGAACGAUUCUCAACUAUAGUAAGAUCAUCAACAUAUUUAAAGUGCGGUAAAGAAUCAUUCUGACACGCAUCAUUAAACGUGAUCAAAAAUAAUAUCGGGCCUAAUUUCGUUCCUUGCGGCACUCCAGCAUGAUUUGUAAUAUACGGAGACAACACGCCCUGAUAUUUAACAGAUUGUGAACGAUUUUCUAAAAAACUAACAAUCCACUCAAUUAUGCAAGGUCUUACGUUAAAUCCAAUUAAUUUUCGAAUCAGAAUAUUAUGGUCAAGUCUAUCGAAGGCUUUGGAAAAGUCUGUGCAAACUAUGGUGGAUAUUGAUUUAGAUUUUUCACAGUUAUCCAAUACACAAUGCAAUAAUUUUAUCAAAUAAUGGGUAGUUGACAGACCUUGUCUGUUUUCGUAUUGAUGAAUGUCAAUAUAUUUAGAAAUAUCUUCAAAUAACCAUUUUGUAAUGAAUGAUUCUGCAAUUUUAGCGAAUUGACAUGUAAGAGACAUAGGUCGAAGUUCUUUAAUAUUCGGUGGUUGUGACUUGGGAAUGGGAACAACCUGACUUCUCUUCCACUGCCAAGGUACUAACCCUUGUUGAAAUGAUGUAUUAAGGAUAUUGGAAAGAGGAUGGCUUAGUUCACAUGCGAAUUCACGAAUUACACGAGGGGGUAAGUCAUCUGUUACACCUGCUUUACUGCAUUUUAGUUUCUUUAGCAUAGAAUACACCUGAUAAGGUUGUACUUCUGGGCAAACACAAGGAGAAGGUAAGAAAGCUGGUAAGCAACUUCUAUCCAACGGCGCCAAAUCUGAUGCUAUAUUAAUGAAAUGCUUAUUAAUGGUAUCAGCAGUCUUCUCUUGACGAUCUUUAUCAUUAGGUUCAACACCAGGUACAGCAAUAACGUUAGAUUUUAAAGCCUUAUCUUGCUUGUUACCUGUAUAAUGUACAGUAUUUAAACCCUCUUCUCCAGAAUAGAAUUUGUUGAGCAUUCAGGAUUAUUUUCUGUAACUUUCUGAUAUUCAAUCACUAUCAUUUUAAAGGUAGAUUUAGCUGCUCAAAUUUUACCUUUUUUUUUCGAAGGAAAAUUGCAAAAAAUGCAUAAAAAUGGCAAUACAUCUAGAAAAUCCAAAUUGCAAUUUUCACAAAGAAUCGAUUGUUGAAAAAAGAUUAAAUGGCCAAAUAAUUACAGAUGUGGGAAUGUCAGAUUUCUCUCACUGAUCUCUGAAAUGAGAGUGGAUUCAUGUUCAUACGUGAGUUUCUGGGCAAGUACAAUUUAGUGGUUGUAAUGUGCCAUGAUGCGUGAACAAUUUGGUAAGCUGUUGGUCUCAGAUUAAAGAUGAGAUUCCACUCUUACCAUACAUGUACAUGUAAAUGUCAAAUGUAUAGAUAAUAAAAACAUAAUUAUUAAUUGUAAAAUAUACUGUACCUCUGAAAACAGGUUUCCUUUUUUGUAGGACACACUGUAUAAACCACUUCUCCAGCAUAGAGAUGGGUUGAACAUUUCAGGAGCUUUGUCUGUAGCUUUCUGAUAGGCAAUCACUAGAAAAGAAUAGCUGCUUGAAUUUUAAUUUUUUUC